GGCUGUUGCGCAGGCGCAGAUCCUUCCGGCAGACAUUCGCAGUCAUGGCGGCUACGGCGGGGCUUUCCAGCCCGGCGGGGCCGGUAGACCGGGACGUCUUCGCCGAGGGGCUGCUGGAGUUCCUGCGGCCGGCCGUGGGGCAGCUGGACAGCCACGUCCACGCCGUCCGGGAGAGCCAGGUGGAGCUGCGGGAGCACAUCGACAGCCUGGCGGCAGAGCUCUGCCGGAUCAAUGAGGACCAGAAAGUUGCCCUGGAUUUGGAUCCCUACGUCAAGAAGUUGCUCAACGCCCGGCGGAGGGUCGUCCUGGUGAACAACAUCCUGCAGAACGCCCAGGAACGCCUGAGAAGGCUGAACCACAGCGUGGGUAAGGAGACCGCCCGGAGGAAGGCCUUCCUGGAUGCGAGUAGCAACUACCCCCAUAGCUCUCCCAGCAAGUGAGGAGGA